AUGAGCGACUCGAACGACGACGGUAUUCCUGCGUGGCAGCGGACAUCCAGCUCGCCAACCUCGUCAGACACUGAGGCGACACCAGCGGGGAGCACCGACGCCGGCAGCCACGCCGGCAGCCCAACCGCAGAAGACAAAUUGACGAUUGCGAAGCGUUUUUUGGACGAUGAAAAGGUCAAGAACGAACCGCGCGAUAAAAAGGUGGCCUUUCUCAAGUCAAAGGGCGUCGAGGACGACCACAUCCAAAAGCUCCUAGGCGACACCCACGAAACCACUUCAGACAAGGAAAUCGAGGCGUCUUCGCCCACGCCGCAAAAGUCCAUAGCCGCCACAUCCACCACCGACCGCGCGCCCAUUGUCACAUACCCCGAGUUCCUGACCAAACCGCAGCGUCCGCCGCCGCUCGUCACCACUCAGGGCCUCCUCAACACGCUGUACGGCUUCGCGGGGCUCUCGACACUCGUAUACGGCGUGAGUAGGUACGUCGCCGAGCCCAUGAUUGCGAGCCUCGACGACGCGCGCCAGGAGCUGCACGACACGACUGCCAGCCGCCUCGAUGCGCUCGUCCACCAGCUCGAGCGCACCGUCUCCGUCGUGCCGCCGCCCAAGCACGCCGCGGCGCUCGCUGCCAGCAGCAGCCUGCCUGCAUCUACCACCACGGCCAUGGCCAACGACGCCGACGAGGAUGAGGACCCCGCGGAAAUGUUUCACCGCGACGUCGGCACGCAGACAUCGUUUAGCGAAGCGCUGCCGGCGGCUGGGCAGGGUGCCACCAACUCCAAGGAAGAGGCCAAGCAGCCCCCCGCACUGCAGCACGCGACGGGCGUGACCAAGCUGGCCAAGUGCGUCUCGGGCCUGCGCGACGCCGUCGUCUCGCAGAGCGGCGACUUUGAGGACAUUAAAGCGCAGGUCGAGCAUUUCCGGGAGGAACUCGACCGCAUGACCUUUCCGCAAAUGGACUUUACCCCCGGCGGCUACACCAUGAUGUCAACGAUGGGCGGGUUGUCCAAAAACGAGCCGGACGACGAGGUGCGCAAGGUGCGGGACAAUAUUCGACGCAUCAAGGGCGUGCUGCUGAGCACGAGAAGCUUUCCGGCUUCGACGAGAUGA